AUGAUUCGGCAGCUGUGUUUCAAAACGCUUUUGAAUGGUGCGGCCCUUGAGGGUUGGCUGGGUCGCAUACAAAAAGAUCUUGAGGCAUAUAAGAACCUAAGCACAGAGGAGUGGACUACACACCCAGUGGCUGCAAAGCUCCGCAUUUUGUGGAAGGAAACCUGCAGCGAGCCAGCAGCACCGGCUCCGGGGCAAAGCCUGGCAUUGGCAGUGCGGCAAAACGUGGCGCCAACCAAGCUCUCCACAUCAGACAGAGAUCGCUUGCGGAAGGAAGUGGAGAAGCGCUUCCCCAGCCACGUUUUUGGCCCUGACACUUUGCCAUCAAUGCCCUUUCUUCAGCUGAUCCAUUCCCAGUGCCUUGGGCAACAUUGGGAGUGGGUGCCAUGGCGCCGCAUCAUGAGCGAAGCAGGCAGCCAGAGCCAGGAAAGUCGUGCGCAGCGAACUAUGGGCAGCGAAGCAGAUCUGCUAUCCAUUGUUGCAGACUCCAUGGGUGUGCUUAAGGAAGAACGACCCCUACAGGAAGCAGUGAACUCUGCGUACCGCGUACAGUGUCUGCUUGACACGCGUGGCAAUGCCUAUGCAAUGUGCAGAGUAAAGGGAAAGGCAAGAAGCGGUCUGAUACAGAAGAUCGCGCAGUCCCACCAAGCAAACGCCCCCGCACUGGCGAGUGCUGGAAGUGGCUGGCAGGCAAGUGCAAGGACCCCCACUGCCGCUUUCGCCAUGCUUGUGCCAAGUGUGGCAGUGGACAGCACAGCUCAGCUGAUUGUGACAAAGGAGACAAAGUGCAGUGACAGGGCCCAAGCGCGUCAGUGCGCAACCUUGACGGUGAGAAGGGGUCGAGUGAGUUGGGGUUGGGCACCUGUGACCCAGUCCGCCUCCCUGGUGACCGCGCGCAGCGGACAGGCGAGCGCCCUGCCCUGCGCCUGCGCGAUGGCGGUGGCUUGUUGUCAGAUGCCGACUGGGCUUCCCCACGCGCUUGAAGCUCACGUGGCAGCGCGCUGUCGCACACCCCUGUUGAAUGAUGAAGAGAUCUCUUGUCUACGCGACGACUUAGCAUCUUUUCUGAAAAAGCAAGGGUUUGCAUGCAGCAGCAGCAUCGCGAGCGGGCAGCCCAUUGCGCUAGAUCUUUUGUCAGGUUGCUUGCAGUUGUGGUCAGACGUGGAUGUAGGCUUGCCGGCACAGCUAGCUGAAGGUGUGUCCUGCGGUGUCAGAAGCACCAUUCCAGCGUCAGGGGUAUGGCGCGAGCUUGAGAUCCCAGAGCGGCCGCCCCUUGGGCUGCUCACGUGCGGUGAGUCCUGGCCUUCCGGGCUAAAGCAGCCUGGCCUUUUGCAGGACUUGGUGCAGGCAGAUGUAGAUGCUGGCUUUGCUGAGUGGUUUGAUGGCAGCAUUGCUGAUGUGAAGCGCAAGUUUGGCGAUGACUGCGCGGCGGGAAAGCUUGGCAUUGUUGAAAAGCCGGGGGCGCCACCACGGCUCAUCGGCGACAGUACAAUCUCAAAUGUGAACUGCUUGUGCCGCAUUGCAGAGAAGAUCGAGUUGCCUGGUCUCGACAGCGUGUCAGCCUUUGUAUCCAAAUAUCAUGCGCAGGAUUGGGUUGCAUUCAGCCUUGACUUCAACAAAGCCCACAAAAGAGUGAAACUGCACCCCAGCGAAUAUGGCCUCAACUUGUUCGCCGUCCAAACGCCGGAUGGCCGGGGCAGAUGGGUCUGCUACAAAGUUUGCCACUUCGGUGGGGCAUGGAGCAGCUAUUGGUGGUCCAGGCUUGCUGGCACCUUUGUGCGUUUGGGACACAGGUGGCUGCGGCCGUGGCUGCAGGUUUGGUUUUUCGCAUUGAACAAGCUCGGACUUCACUUCUUCCAUGCCGAUGCAGCCCAAUUGGAAGAGCUUUUUCAAGCAUUGGAUCAAAACUGCAAAGUCGUGCGGAGUUGCCGCUUUUCAGGUGUGCAGUGUGGGUGGCGCCUCUUGGACAUGGCGGGCCAUGCAGUGAAUAGCACGGCCGACUUGUUGUCAGCCCCUUUGAAGAACGGCCGGGUGUGGCUUAAGUUUGGCGAGCCCGCCCCUGCCAAAAUCAAGCUGAACCAAGACGAGCUGACUGUCGCCCGGUUUUUCCGCGAGGUGCUUUCAGCCCAGGAGCCACUACAGCUUGUGGAGCGCCCUGGACCCGGCAUGGUUGCAGCCGCAGAUGCCUUCGCUGAAGGCAAGUGUUGGGGCAUCGGAGGAGAUGUAUGGCAAGGUGGUUGGAUCUCUCUGCGCCAGAGCUGCGACAAUGCCGGUGUGGUCGCUGCCUCGCACAAAGGCAUUUCCCUGAAGCAGCCCCUGGCAAGUGUUCUGCAAUCUCUGGCCCUGUAUGCUGCUCGCCACAAGCUGCAACUUCGCAUUUCACACGUGGCCGGCAGUCGCAACGAGUGGGCGGAUGUCUUGUCGCGCAGACGAGCGUUGGAUGCUGACUUUUUCAAGUCGCUUGAUCCGGGCAAGCAGCUGCAUAUUGAUUGGCCAACGCUUUUGAGUUUGUGCCGCACGCUGGUCGCCAAGUCGACCUGA